AUGGAGCCCAACAAAGCCAAAACCUACGAGCCGGUCCCAACAAUGGAAGACCGAGAAGAACUCUUGUCCAGCACAGAAGUAGACGACUCGCUCAUGGGCGACGAAGAGAAGCAGCAAUGGCGCACAUCACCACAAGAGUCGAGGCGGAAGAGAGACACGCUCAGAUCGAACCGGUGGCUCAUCAGCGCCGUUCUCCAAUGCGUCAUCGUCGCGCUGUUGGUGCUUAUACUGGUCCGGCAGGAUUACAGCCGAAAAAAGCCGUCAGAAACACCACAGGUGGGAAGCGUGGUGAACGGGAAUGGCCCGGCGCUUGACACCACGAUCCGAAAGUGGGAUGCGGAUGCCAGAUUUGUUCCUACCAACGCCUCCGAGUUCUUUGGUUACGCGGUCCUCGAACAAUGGAAGACGCUAUUCCCAGGCUGGGGCACCGACGUCGAGACGUUCUCGACGACCACCAUGACCCACCAACUGCACUGCCUCUUCAUGAUGGCGCGUAUAUACGCCGGAUUCAGGCAAGGCACUCCCGAGAUCCUGCCCAAGGACCACGAAUCCCAUUACCUGCACUGCGUCGACUAUCUGAGGCAGGGAAUCAUGUGUUCAGGAGAUCUGGCGACCGAGCCGCACAAGCCUAACGACUCGGAUGACAAUGGUCCUCUAGACGGAAGCUGGGGCGGCCUACACGUGUGUAAAGACUAUCGUCAGGUCACGACGUUCUUGGGAAAGGAGAUCAAAGAUGGGGCCAGGGUCGUACUUCCAAUCGAUGACUAA